AUGGACACUUACCACCCAUCAACAUGUGUGAAGCACCACACGUCAGCCAGUGCUGAUUCCCGGAGGAAUGUGCAACCUGGUGCAGCAGAUGUAGUUGCCGAUAUUAUGCAAAGGCUGUUGCAGCAGUUGGUUCAAAACGAUCAUAACGAGGCUUUGCAGGAGACCUUUUCGAAACCAAAUGAUGCUGCGGUUUGGCUGAAGACCAUUGCGACAGCGCUGGAAGGGUUGACGCUGCACUUGUCAUGUUCUUCUCAGAAAACACGCUCGCUACUGGACUGGGCAGACGACUUCCUUGUGCAGCUGGGAGCAGCCGUGACAGGCCUGCGUUUGCAGCCGCUGUACGCUGUACUCGCUCGGGGACGACUACGCGCAAUGGAGGCCUUCCGGGCAACGAAGUCCAUGUCGCGCUCGGAAGUCUUCGACGUCUGGAAGGAACCCAUCUUUCAGCAGCUUCAGGUCCUUGUGAAACAAGAAGGAAGAACCGUGAAGUACGGUGAAGUUCCCGCGCAGCUUCAGCCUAUGUUCCAGCUCGCUGGACUGUUGCGAUGCCAGGGGCACGUGGAGCAUGUGGAGCACGUGGAGCACUGGUGCCACAGAGCUCAGUCCUUUGAGUCGCUGCGGCUUCAACUGCCUCCAGGGCCCAUUUCGGCCAUCCUGGCCCUUUGUCAGCUGCAACUUCACUACCAGAUUUUCACAUCCAAUUUUCAGCAGUUCAAGGUCAGCUCAAAAGCUGCAAAAGUUGCCGUUUUUUCUGCUGAGUGCAGCUCUUUUGGGCGCUUGGUCAUUUCCUUGGCGACGGAUCCGGAGUUCCGGGCAGUGCUUGGCUCCAGCGGUGUCAGUCUGGCACUGCAAGCUCUUCGGGCCCAGCUGGAGCACUACAUCUCUGGGGGCAAUGAGAUGGGGCGGAUGCGCUUCCUGCAGGUGCAGGCAUGUGCCCUGCAAGCACAACUGGAUGGAGAUCCAGAGGAUUGCAAGCGGUUCAUGAACCUUGCUCUAGAUGAGUGGCAAGGUGUCGUUCUGGAGCGGUGGUCCGACCUAAGGACUCCUUGUUCUUUGAUGAAAGCACUGGAAUCAGCAGGUGAUCAGCGAAACGCCGGCGUUUCGCUGUGCGUCCGAGACGUGUCGGAUGCCGCGUACAUCAUGGAGACGCUGGACCUUCAUGCCUUGUGCAUGGGAGCACUGGCUCUUUGCCUUGCUUGCACGGUGCAGCAGAAUGGGCGUGAAGCGCUUUCGUGGUUGCAAGGGACUGAUGGUACCGAGCACAACACCUUGCCCAGAAGCAGCCGCGAGGUGUUGGUCAUCCUGCUCUACCGACUGGCGGCUGCCGCCGGCAGAUUGGAUCAAGAUGGCUUUGGCCGGCAAUCCAACCAGGUGGACGCACUUGAGUGGUGGAAGUUUGCAGAGGUCAGAAAAGCAACCUUGGGGGAUGCUCCAGUUGCUCCGAUUGUGACACAGCGCAUGAUUGCUCUCACUAGCAUGCCAGAAAGCUGCUUCUUGUCGCAGUGGCGAUCAGGAGGAUGCAGAUUGGAGGCCUUCAACGCUGACCAAGGACUUCAAGAUGGUCUGAUGUUUGCCGAGGCCUUUUGGUCGUGGUCCCAGUGGUCUGCCAAAUGGCAGGACAUCCAGUGCGGCCAAUGCCCAGGGGGUAGUGCAGUUGGAUGCCAAACGGCAGCUCUGAGGUCUCUGAAAGUUCUCUUUCACGGCCCAAAGGUCUACUCCCAGGGUCAGAAAGAGCCCAGCCAGGCCCUUUCUCCAGAGCUGCUCCGCUGGCCGGCCUGGAGAUCCGGGCUGCUCCAGCUGAGGGUGAUCCACCAGGUGAGCCUUUUGUACGAUUGCCUGGGCGAAUCGGAUCUGGCAAUCGCCUGUGCAGACUGCGGACUUGAGCUCAUGGAGCGAAAGCUAUGUGGCGAUUGUCGCUGGAAGAUUCGGUUUCUGUGUAUUCGGACCAGGUGCGCUGUCUCUUGCUUCUCUGACGUCACAAAGGAGGAGCAUGCUUUGCACGAUAUAGAAGAUCUAUGGAAUCGCAGGAUCCAGGGGCAACCACGCGUAGAGUUGACGACAACUUGCGAAGGAGUUGCGGUCGAGCCGGUCGAGCCCGACGGCACAAUCUCGAGUCCGGGGAUGCCAUGGGAGCUUUUGACCUUGUGGGUGAAUGCAUCCUCCAAACAGCGACGACAAGGAAGGCUGUUGCGACUGCUCUCACAGGCCGAUGAGGCAAAACUUCCAAGUGAAAGUGUCGUUCUUUUGAUUCAGCUGCAGAUGGAAGACCGCUCGGAGCUGUGGACUGAAACAGUACAGCGUCUUCUGAAGAAGAUCUCAGAUCAUCCAUCCAAAGCACCUUUCCCCCGAGCUCUUUGUCCAGCUUUGGCACUGCUGGCACAAGCCCUCUUCAAUGACUUGAAGGACGGCACUUGUCCAGGUGCAGAAGUCAACUGGUCAUGGAGUUUGCUGAAAGCAGCAGCAGAUCUAAAGCAGUGCUGCAUGGUCCUCUCACAACCAGCUGAGCAGCUGAUCGACAGUAUCCAGGUAGCUCCUUCUCUGAAGUCUUUCCUUCAAGUUUGUGCUGCUGCGCUCAGAGGCGCUCUCUUCAUGGGGGAAAGUGCUGUGGCACGGCACUGUGCACAGCUCCUUCUUCGGGUGGAAGAGGUGGUCGGCGCCGCGAGGCCUCCGAGGCCUCCGAGGCCUCCGAACCUUGAGGAAGGAACCAAUUCGCGAGAACGCAGCCCAUCACGUGAAAGUGGAGACAUUGCUUUUUCCAGGGCCCAGUGGAAGCUUUGCAAGCAGGUUGUGCCGUGCGCUUUUGGCGUGUCUCUCCUUUUCAUGACUGAGCUACGAGCCAUGCAACGACGACUCGAAAAGAUGGACCACUGGAGCGCACUUGAACGCCUUGGACCCGGCAGCACUACAUCCAUGCUUGGUGUGAUGGCGGUUGAAGACGUUUGCAGCGGCAACUGGAUGUCCCAACUGGGCUCCGAUAUGUCUUUGGCCUGGCUGCAGGUGGACUGGAAGAGCAGCUCCUUACAGAUUUCACGCUCAGUGGAUGUGAAUCCAGAGCGCUCCGAGCGCCUGUUGUCCCAGCGCCUUCCGUUGCAAUCCCAAGUGCUGCGGGGCCUACAGGAUGAGUUGCAGCAGCUUCAUCGAUCCAAUAGCGAGAAAAUCAAAGAGCUGUGGCAACGGCAGGACAAAAAGUCAGAGGCAGUUCGACUCGAAUUUUGGAGAAGCCGAAAAGGAUUUGAUGAUCAACUGGGAAAGUUGGUGGAGAAGAUUCAGAAGGAAGUGUUGGGAGUUGGCCGCUUCUUACUGGCUCCCUGGCCACAGAGUGCCGCGGCCAAACAGCGUGUUCUGGACUCUUUGCGCUCAUGGCUGACCAAUGAAGCUGCCGAAAUGGCGGAUGGGCUGCGUCUAAAUGGAAGCCUGGAUGACCCAGAGCAGGCUGAGCAUGUUUUUCUUCUGGCACUCCUGCUGAUCGAAGCAGAGAACUUGGAGGUUGCUGAGUUGCUUCUGCUUCUCGGUCAACUUUGGGAUGCUGGCAGAUCUGCUUUGCGGCGCUGGGCCUAUUCCAUGCGCAGGCACAGUUCCGAUCUGCGGGGCAGCCUAAAAGAGCUCAAUGAAGCCUCUGAGGUGCCAUUGUUGCUCUACCUUGACGGCGUCAUGGCACAGUUACCGCUUGAAGCUUGUCCCUGCUUGCGGCAGCGCAAUGUAGUUCGUGGCCUUGCUCCCAGCAUCACGCUCUCCUCUCUAGCCUCGAAACCAGUGGCCGCCGAAGCCACCGGGUUCUUCGUCAUCGACCCCGCGGAGGAUUGCGCUGCCAUGGGCGACGUGAGGCAACUCCUAACCUCCUGGAGUUCCCAUGGCCAGUCCUGGCACGGUCACACGGGCAAACUCCCUGAACCUUCGCGUGUCCUGGAGGAGCUGUGCCGUAAGGACGUCUUUGUCUACCUGGGCCAUGGAGAACGCGUUAGGCAGCUUCUUCGUCACGAGAAGUUGCAAGUUGCAGGGGAAGUGGCUGAGGAAAAUGACAGCAGAAGGGCAGGCCUUCGCUCAACCCUGAUGCUCUUGGGCUGUUCCAGUGUGAAGAUCCAGAAAGGCUCAAUGGAGGGCGACAUCGAAUCCUUCGGCCUGGCCAGUUCGGCCUUGCUGGGGGGCGCCCCUUUGGUGCUGGGCGCGCAGUGGGACGUGUUGGGAGGAGAUCUGGACAAACUUGCCAGCAGGCUUUUACAGCGAUGGCUCAAGGAGGGAAAAACUUCAUGCCCUUCCCGUGGAGGCCUUCUGACCGCCCUGAAAGACUUGCGACCAAAGUGCCUGUUGCCGAAUCUCACCGGAGCUUCCUUGGUUUGCUAUGGUAUUCCAGUUUAGCUGCGCAAGAUCUGAAGCAUGGUUGCUCAGGCAGACGAUUUUCGCUCAACAUUGACAAACAGAUGCUGGUCUCAAAGCGCAAACAACGCUGAGAAGGACAUUCGCUUCUGCCACACACAGUUGGCAACCCCAAAUUGAUAAUUCGAUUCCACAACGGAUCGGGAGUGUUUAGAAUUCGUCUUGAGUAUGAAGCCUUUCAGUCCCUUUGAGGCUGUGUCUAUGGAAAGUGCUUCAGCAUGUAGUUUUUUUCGUUGGAGUGGAUGAGCGCUGCGUUCCGUGCGGCUUUCG